AUGUCCACGAAGAUGCGGCCACCGUCAAAAGAAGACAGAAAUUCCAAUGAUGCCCCAGGGCAGAAGCAGGACCCAAUCGAGAGGAGAAGAUUACAGAAUCGGCUCUCACAACGAAAUCAUCGGCGCAAGAUUCGAGAUCGCAUUGCCAAGCUCCAAGAACGCGUUAUUGCCAGUGAGUUGCGAGCAGCAGCCAGCUUAAACGGUUGGGACCAUCCCAGCACACUUACGCCGUCGCCUGUCGAUCGAAUGCCGCCAAUAUUCGACACUGAUGGACAUCCCACAUCUCCCAUUCAGGAUGCCUCGUCAGCUUUGGGCUCCACGUACUUCCCACAAUCAAGAGUCGUCUGUUCAUCCUGCAAUAGCGCUCUGGGCUCGAUACCCGUCCUAUCUUCUCAGCCAUCCUUCCCCUCUGUAUACGAUACUCCGAAUGACCUCGAUGCCACCUCCCCCUCAUCCGCCCUGAGGAACAGUGUCUACUAUCCUCGAUCGAAUCCUAUCACUCCUGAACUACAGAACAUGAACAAUAUUUAUCCUUCGUUGGACUCUAACCUUCCUCUUACUGAACAGUGGAAUAAUACAGCUCAGUACCCAGGAUCCUCCUUCUAUUACAUAGCAACAGAGGCGUCCCUUCCUCAUAUUAUGCAAGCCAUAAAUUCUGGCUCAUCACGUCCCAAGGCGAUUAUUGUACUUUCACCUAAUAAUCAUCCGCCGGGUCUUCCAGCACCCCUUCCAACAUCCCAGUCGUCGCCACCUGGCGGCAGCGCAGUCGAAUUGCCCGCGUCCUCGAGUCCACUGGCUCAGGAACGUCUGCACCCACUAUUUGUCCGAUACACCAAAUGCAGUCCGGAGACAAUCUGCAGCUGA